AUGCAUUCUUAUCAUGAUAUCCUGUGUACUUUCAACAUGCUUCAGAUUAUAAUUGGAGCAUUUGGAAAUGGUUUAGUGCUUUGCUUCUAUGGCUAUAGUAUAAUCACUGGUCAAAGAAUCAGAACCAUUCAACUAAUUUUCAUUAAUUUGGCCUUGUCCAAUAGUGUGAUGAUUCUCUUGAGAGGAGUUCCAUGGGCAAUCCAUUUCUGCAUUCAGAAAAUUUUCCUGCAUGACAUUAAAUGUAAAAUCAUCUUUUAUCUUCAAAGAGUGGCCCGGAGCAUUUCCCUUUGCACUACCUGCCUUCUGAGUGUCUUCCAGGCUAUUACCAUUAGUUCUGGCCAUCCCAUAUGGGCAGAACUCAAAGCUAGAGUGUCAAAGUAUAUAGUUCAAUUCUUUGUUUUGGUAUGGGUUCUCAAUCUUUUGAUAGAUGGGGUUGUGCCUCUAUAUGUGACUGGCACUAGGAACAACACAAACAGAAACCUGAUUAGAAACCUUGGGCUUUGUUCUGUGGACAGUUAUGCCAUGAAAAUCUCAAAAUACAUAAUCUUGAAGGCAUUUUAUGAUGCAGUGUUUGUGGGGUUCAUGGCCAUUACCAGUGGCUACAUGGUGGUUGUUUUGUACAGACACCACUGGCAAGUCCAGCACAUUCAUAAAACCAGCCUCAACCCCAGUUCUUCCCCAGAGACCAGAGCUACCAAAACCAUCCUGUUGCUCAUGAGCACCUUUGUGUGCUUCUAUUCAUUCAGUUCCAUCUUUAUUAUUGUGAUGGAUAAUUCUGAAGACACAAACCUAUGGAUGAUACAUAUCUCUGUUGUUUUUUCCUUGUGUUACCCAACAAUCAGUCCCUUUCUUUUAAUCAGCAGUGACUCCCAGAUGCCCAAUUGUUAUAACGCUUUCAACAAGAUGAAAAAUAAUUCACUAUCAAAUUCUGAGAACAAGUGUAUUAAAACCUAG